UAUAAUAAGACAGUUGUUUUUACAUAUCUCUUCCAUUGCAUUUGUAAAUUGUUUUCUUUUAGAUGACUUGACAACAGUUCAUAUAUUCGUAAGUCCUAACGGAUCUGACAGCAAUAGAGGACGUGAUAUUUUUAGUCCUUUACGUACGAUUGAGAAGGCACUUUUACAAAUCGUUGAACCUGGGACAAAGAAUAAAGAUGUUAUCAUUGAGCUAAGAUCAGGUUAUUAUGAGUUGCAGUCAACUUUAAAGAUUAAACACACAGGGCCAAGACGACUUACAAUUAGAGCCUCUCAGGAUCAAGAUGUCCAUAUUACCGGAGGAAAACGGAUACUGUCGUCGGCGUUUAAAAGAGUUACAGAGUCCAUGCCUUUACAAAGAUUACCUUCUACGUCCAGGAAUAAAGUACUACAAGUACGAUUGUCUGAUGUCGGCGUUACAAAUCUUGGUACUUUAACAGAUUAUGGAUAUUACAUAAAACGACUAGCCGCAUUAGAAGUAUUUGAGAACGGCAAACCAUUAAUACUAGCUAGAUAUCCUAAUAAAGGGUAUAUCAACAUCAACACAACUUAUAGUGACAAGAAAUCCUUCACAUAUGAUUCGGACCAACCUAAACAGUGGCACCAUGAAAAUGACCUUUGGGCUCAUGGCUUCUGGUAUUGGAGUUGGUCAGAUCGAGCUUACAAAGUACAACACCUUGAUCCAAAAAAUAAAAAUAUAACACUGUCCAAACCACCAUUAUACGGACUAAAGAAAGGAUACUAUGAUGCAUCAGCCCUAUCAAAGGGUGGGAAUUCGAAACAAGGUGGCUACUUUAGAUUUGUUAAUGUGAUGUCCGAACUUGAUGAGCCCGGUGAAUACUAUGUAGAUAGAGAGCGUGGUAUUUUAUAUGUCUGGCCGAGUAACAGUGUGCCUUACAAAGACACUGACAAGAUUUAUGUUUCUAUUGUACCUACAUGUCUAGAAAUUUCAAGUUCUUCUGCAAAUGUUGUCCUUGAAGGGUUUUCAAUCGAAGCAUGUCGACAGUAUGGUAUACUUGCCUCUCUAGUCAGCAAAAUAACUCUGUCGAAACUACAAAUUCAGAACACAGGUUCAUACGGAAUAAACACAAGAGGAAGCAAUAUUAAAAUCAAUCAGUGCUACAUUCGGAAUACUGAUGGGGGAAUUUCUAUUUUAGGUGGUGAUCGAAAAACAUUAACCCCAUCAAGAAAUGAAGUGUCCGAUAAUGUCAUACAAAAUUUCGGACGGGUCGGAUAUGUCGGGAGUGAUGGAAUUUAUUGUGGAGGUGUUGGAAACCAUAUUCACCAUAACAUUUUAUACAGAGGUUCAUAUACAGGAAUACAUUGGCGAGAAAAUGAUCAUUUAUUUGAAUAUAAUCAUAUAUCUAAAAUGUGUCUAGAGGCAAGUGAUUGUGGAGGAAUGAUGACUGGUCGUGACUGGGCUGCGUUUGGUUAA